CGCUAGGAUGCUAGCGCUAAUCCUAAAGCUUAAAGUCCGACUACAACCUGAUCAAUAGUGUCUGCACGUGUUCAUUGGCGGGGAGAAUGCCAAGUAGGUGACUUUUAAAUACCCUUCAAUUUGAAGGAUAUCGUUUCAUAACAUUCAAAACACCCCUCUGUAUCUCCUCCCAUUCUUCAGACAUUCUAUGCCCCUCGAUACCUUGAACGUGGACCCAGAAGCCUUCUUUCGAGUGGAACGAAGCGGCCAACCACUCGUUGUAUAUGAGUGUAAAUUAGAGGGAGUCCCCUGCGGAAUGUUCGUGGAGGGAACUACCAGCGCAGUGUCCGCGCACCUACGAGGACAUGGCAUCACUGGACCGGACAGUGCCAGCACAAAUUGUCUGUGGGCUGGUUGCUCCAAGGCACUCAAGAGGGGAGGGAUGACAAGACACAUCCUUACUCACCUCGGUGUCAAGGUGCGCUGCUCCGUGUGCGGAGUAGUCAAAUGCCGCCUUGACAUCCUUCGUGCGCAUAUCAGAUCGUCAGAGUUGUGCCGUUUGGCAUGUGUUGAUACCGUCCAUGGACCCGAGGGUCGUUUUCUUGUCCCUACAGGUUGGACCACUACCCAUCAGGUCUAAUGAUUUAUGUUAAAGUUUUCUGACGGGCACUGUUUUGUACUAGGAAGCACUUUGUUGUAUAAUUAUAGCGAGACGUAUUGUAGUGUAUUAUACGUACGACAUGGAAGUCCAUGAACUUAAAUCUGGAUAUGAAAUUAUCCCAUGAAACUGUGACUGUUUCAUAUUACCUCGACGCCACUGG